AUGAAACUGCUACGCAAAGUGGAUAUGUUGCAGAAGGAACAGGCCGCCCAUGUGCGUGCGGAGAGAGACAUCUUGGCGGAAGCGGAUAACCCGUGGAUUGUGCAUUUGUACUACUCGUUUCAAGACGCGGCUAAUUUGUACCUGAUUAUGGAGUUCUUGCCCGGUGGUGACAUGAUGACCCUACUGAUACGCUACGAUACGUUUUCGGUCGAUGCCACUCGUAAAUUCAUGGCUGAGAUGAUCCUGGCCUUGGAAUCCAUUCACGAACUAGGAUUCAUACACAG